AUGCCAGCCUGCUCUAGUUCAGUGCCUCUUAGUGCCUUGUCAUCUGUGUCGGUGAUUGCACAUGAGGCAGUUUUAGUUGCAUCUCCACCCUUUGCAACUGAUCUAAACCGCAGUCGUGAUGGAGAAAUAAGUGAUACUCGAUCCUUGGGUGAGCUUGCAAUUGCGAUGGCCGAGUCCGCCACGAUUGCUAAUGAUAAUGAUGAUGACAUAGUAAGGACAACUCCAGUUGUGGAUGGUGGAGCAUCUAAUUCAGGAACUCAGCACGAUACACAGAAUACAGGAGCUCUAGCUGAGUUUCAGGUUAGUCAGCAGUUUCAGGAUAAAAAGGAGAUCGUGUUAAGCGUGAAGACUUAUAGCAUCCGCCGUGAGGUUGAGUACAAAGUGUUAGAAUCCGAUCAUCAUAAAUACUAUGGAAAGUGUAAAGAAUUCGGCAACGGUGAUGACAGGAUGAUUGAUUAUCAUGUGAUAUCGGCCUUCAUACUGCCUAAGAUUAGAGCUGAUGCUGCCGUCUCGAUCAAGGUACUGAGUGUGCAUAUCACGAUGCCAGGUAGUGUCGCAGUGUUGAAGACGAGUCCUGUGCGAGUUGGUGGGCAAGUGGAUGAGACAUCAGCUUAUUUUCAUCAGCUUUUUUGGACAUCAUACCGUGUAUCGAGCCCUUCCAUCAUUGCAAGCCAUUGGUUAGUGUCGACGAGACUCACUUGUACGCAUGUAAUGCUUCAACCGAGUAUUCUAGUCAUAUUGGAUAGGCACAACGGGAUAAAGGCUGCAUUGGAGGUUCUUGAUGGUAGUUGGCUUCCGCCUAAUGCAUACCGGACAUUUUAUAUCUGUCACGUGGCUACGAAUUUUUCCCUGAGUUUCAACGGCAAGGAUGCACUAAGGUUUUUAGUGAGACUAAGGUCGAGUUUCACUACUGAUUCGACAUCCUCCGAUCCAAAGAUGCUGCAAUGUGUGACUGGGCUAACCGGAUCGACUAUGCACAAUAGACUCAGCAUUAGGACAAAUGUUGGAGAUUCGGGCAUAUGA